AUGUGUUAUUGGACCAGGACGUUUGAUAGGCCUUCAUAUAGUGAUUGGUUGCGUAGUGUGGAUGGACAUGAAGUUACAUUCCAAACCAUUGACUCAGUUCUAACAAAUCUCAGCACUCCUGGUAAGGUAGAGCUGAAGUUGCAGCGAGUUGCAGGUUGUGAUGUUACAGCACAGUUGUCAGUUGAAAGCCCACCCAAGGGAAUUCAGCAGUCAGAUUUGGUGAAACAGCUAUUAGGGAUCACUGGUGCUGAUGAACUGAGCUGUGUACUACAGGAACUCCCAGUAGGAGUGUUAUACCUCACACAAGAAGGUCUUACUGAAGGAGGUCCUGAGAACCAGGGUGUUCUGUAUUGCUACCCACCUCCUAUGCAGAGCAAUACGCUGUGUUCUGCACGAGGAGCCUUCAUGACAUUGCAGCAUCUUCUACCUGAUGUGGCCCCAUCUCCGCCAGUGAGUUCAACUGUUCUGCUGCGUGGUGAGUUAACUCAUGUAGUGUGCACAGCUCAAGGGAAGGAAGUCAUGCUUCUUGCACUGCCACAUAGCAGGUGUCCCUUGCGUGAAGCUGUGCAAGUAACAGCUGAUUUGGUGCACAGCUUACAGUUCAACUAUCAGACCCUUUCACGUGCUUUUACAAAUGAAGAAUAUCACCCAGCACUUGAUCAUUUCUUCUCGCUGUUUUUUGCUCGGCUUCUCAGUAGUGGUCUGUGGCCAAGUGCCCAGCAAUCUGUGUUUUUACAAGAUAUUUCCACCAAGGCAGCUGAUCCAGCUCCAGCUCAGUUUGAAGAUCUUCUGCCUGCUGCACAUUGGGUUCCUUUGCCUCGUGAAACACAGGUGCAACUUGAUGAAGCAUUGAGUGAACUAGAAUCAAAUGAUUUUGGUGAUUUGAGUGAAGAUAGCACUGGCUGUCAAAGACUGUAUACAAUCAUUGGCACAUGUUUUUAUCACAAGGGAUAUCUACUGGCAUCUCAUUUAGCCAGAACAGACCUUGUUGAUGUACACACAUUCUGUCGUCAGCAGGGUCUGUUGCAUUUGGGACGUUCUGAACCUGUGCGUUCUUUGGUCUUAUGGCGUGAGGUGUUUCCUGCCUCAUGCAAUAGGGGAUUAUCUGAGACAGUACCUACCACCACCUCACCAUACCAGUUGCCUCAGGGGAGGUGGUUUCUGCUGAUUGUGGGCAAGGGACAAGAAAUGCUGGUGGUUCUGUUGGAAUCUGGAGGAUGCACAGUUAGGUAUGUACAGGGUACUUUAACUUUCAUGCACAAACAUACUCGACAUACAAAAAAUACAAUAUACAAAUAUACACAGAUAUACAGCUGCUUGCGUAAUCUAAGUUGGCCACUUGCCCAGUUCACGGGUACGUGGUACUUCGUACCCCCAUAUGCCACACCACACGAACUGCAAUUUCUAGGCAUUGCAAUCAAAAUCUUUGUAAUAUUUAGGUUGGCAUCAGGGCCACGUCCACAGGUGAUACAGCCUGAAAUGGUUCCUGUGCGCAAAACAUCACCCAAUUUUCUUGGGUUUGUUCGGUCUGCUGAUCCAUCAACUCCGUCUAAACAUGCAUCACUAGUGAGUGGUAGUUCUAUAUCUCUUGGUUCUCCUUAUGGCAAGAAACCAGUGGAAGUGACAUCAAUACUCAAGCAUCGGACUAGCCCUGACAGAGGGCUGGUGUUCAGUCCUUCAGGUCUCUCAGUACAAGGCUCAACUUCGGAGGAUUCAGCCAGCCAGGCAACCAGUGUAGUGAGUGAAGUGAGUGAUGAGGCUGCUCCUAUACUAGGUCGACGAGCAGAGAGAGAGCAGGGUAGUCACCGUGGUAGUGAUACAAGUGCUACGCUCAGUCGGCUUACUGACUCACAUUCAGAACGAUCUGACAACUCAGAUUCAGACUGGGAGCUGCAGCAGGUGUGUAGUGAUUACAGCCACAGUUGCACAAGGAUUGCAGUACUUCUGCAGAUAAUCUUCAUUAUUUUUGGACUUACACUAAAAUUGCUGUUUGAACUUA